UUAAUUUAGAUAAUUCAAGAAACUAUUAAGUUCAUUUUAAAGUCUCAGUAGAAAAACUGUCUCCAUAGAUUGGAUGUUAGAGACAGUUGAAGUGUAAUUACUGUCGAAGCUUUAAUUUUUUUGUGUGUUUUUGAACAGCAGCCUAUUAGUUUCAAACAAACAUGUAGCAUAUUAGGACCCUUUACUGUUUCAUAUGAGAACAGAAAUGGACUUUCUACGACAGAAAGUGUUCUUUUGUUUGCUGUAAUAUUGAACAACGCUGCCAGUGUCAUCAUUUUUCCACUAAAAAGCGAGGGGAAGGUUACUGCAACGAUAAUCACAAGGUAUUUAUUCUGACAACGCACAGAAUACGAAGAAUCACAGUUGUAUGCAAAUCCCCAAUAAAAUUAGAAAAAAUAAAUAAAAGGAAAGGAAAAUGUCCCUUCACAGCUUAUUGCUGCUCAGUCCAAUGUCUGUCAGUCUGUCCAGUGUGGUGUAUAUGUGCUGUGCACUACCCGGGUACAGUGUGUGUGAGUGUGCUCUUAUCUCCUCCACGUAUCAAGGAGAUGAUGAAAAUGAUGAUGUAGACGAAGACAAUGAAUCCAAAUCCUUUCUGAUCCUGCUUCACACUGAACAGGGACUCUGGACGGCUUUAAUCAGUCAAAUCAAUCAAUCAAAUUUUAUUUAUAAAGUGCCUUCCAACAGCCAAAAGGAGCACAAGGCGCUUAACAGAGUAAAAAAAAAAAAAAAAAAAAGUAAAAACAUUUUAAGAAACACGCAGUUCUAAAAGGAGCUAAGGGUCAAACGCUGCACGGAACAAAUGCGUUUUCAGAUGGCAUUUAAAAACAUUUAGCUCAGAAAUGGACUGUAAAGGUGUUGGAAUGGAAUUCCAGCAUCAACAAAAAAAAACAAUCUGCCACAGCAGGAAAGAAAUCAAUUAUCAUAAACUGCACAGUAUUUCAUCUUUCAUUCUCUGAAAUCAGGGGUAUGUGUAACCACAAUACUGAAAGCACAACAUUCAAAUGGUGCAUUCUACUCUAAAGAAAUAAAACUUCAGACCCAAUAAUAUGUUUCAUUAACAGCCUUAAUCAAUCAUGUUACACAACUAUCCACUUAUCUCAUCAUCAAUCAUGUUUCUUACACUUUCCACACGUCCUACACGUUCCAGCACUGAACGUGACGUUCAGAACAGCACAAUAAAAAUCACCAAGCAUGAAAAUAAAUGCAAUUCAAAACACAAAACUUUGCAUACUUGCUUACUGAAGUAUGACCUAACAAAAAAUACGAACGCGAAUUAGCAACUUAGCGUGCUAACUGUAACUCACCGGAGUCCUCGGCCAUACGACCAAAAGAAAUAAGGUUCCCCGGUCACAGUGGUCCGACACUUCCUAACGACAGCGGGCAGACACACGCACUCAAAGAAAAUGAACAGUUUUAUCCUCCAAAAUAUCUUCAAUUUCACUCGUAGUUAUCUUCGCUAUAUCAUUACCACAUUCUUAGCCAAAGUGUCUCUGCCCCAGCAUGCAAUGCACCUGUCUGAAGAACUGCAGGCUGUUUGUAUACCAAGUGCCCUCUGGUGGCUAAACUGAGUCAUGACAACCACCCCAAAACACAGUUCACCUCAGUCACUUUCUUAUAUAAAAAAAACAAACAAACAUUGUACAUAAACUUAACAAGUAAACAAACAGUGCAAUAAACAGUAAAGCCAACUGUAUUUUUCUCAGGGUUACACAUUCAUAUAACAGCUUGUCAUUUUAGGCUGUUACUUUGGCUGCGGUCGUUCCCUGUUCUCUCCUUCUGGACCGAUGCACUGACCGGCGUAGCCACUGUUUGUCUGGAGCUGUGCUAGCUACGCUGGAUCAGACGCAGGAAACGCUGCUGCUUUGCCUUCGUGGGUUUGCUUUGCCUUGGCGGGUUUGUUUUGCCGACGCCGUUGGUCGGCUUUGUCCUCUUUCAGGCUGGUAUUUGUGUUGAGCUGCCUCGGCUUGUCUCUGUGGCUGCUGACAAUUGUCCUACUUGCUGCUUAUUUUAAUGUUUGUGUGCAUGUGUGACAGCAGGGUAUCAUUUCUUCCUGUGUGACGUGCUGCUCAUCCCCUGGUUUUGUUUUGAUUCUUCACUAAGGUGUGCUUGUGUGCAUGUUCACGUGUUAGUGGGGUGAUUUCUCCUGGGCUCCUUUGUGAUGCCCGUCGGCCCAAACCCCUGCCAAAGAGCCCCCAGCUCUGAUUGGGAGGCGGAAGAGGAGCCGAGUUGUCUGAGUCAAGGGAAGGUAUGUGGCAAUGGCAGGGAAACAGAUAAGAUCGUCCAAAAGGGGAGACAGAGUCCGAGAGGCAGCAUGCAGGAGAUGGCGGAGUGAGUCGUGGCCAGGGAAGGUGGUGAAAUGAUGCAGCAUUGGAGUGGCAGUGAGAGGCAGGCUUUAUACGCUACGCUGAUUGGAGAUUCAAGCCGGCUGUGUCCUCAGCGCAGCCGCUUAUCGUUAUGCGGCUGAUUAGUCAGCUCGCUGAAGCAGGAGGGCAUGACAGAAUAGACGACUGAUCUCCAAUAAACACCAAACACUGUUCUUUGUAAUGGUUUCCAUUGUUUUCAUGGUUUCUGUCCACUUUUAGAACUGCAGGAUGUUUCUUCAGAAGACUGGAUUGUUGCUUCAAUCUACCAUCACUGCUCUGCUCUUCUGUCUUUUCCUCACACACUUUUGCAAAGGUCAGUCUCAGGUAAUCGGUCCAUCUCAGCCAAUAGUGGCAACAUUUGGAGAUGACAUCAUUUUGCCAUGUUAUCUGGAACCUGCAUACGAUGCUACGACCGUGACGGUGGAGUGGGCCAGACCUGACCUCAACCCCAGAUUCAUCUAUGUGUCACGUAGCGGUCAUGACCUUGAAAAAAUGAAAAAUCCGUCUUACAAAGGGAGAACAUCAAUGUUCAUUGAUGAACUGAAGCAUGGAAACAUUUCAUUGAAGAUCUCCAAAGUGAAACCAACUGAUGCAGGGAGAUACAGAUGUUUUACUAUUGAGCUAAAUAAAGACACUUUCAUGGAUCUUGUUGUAGUUUCAGGUGCUGUUCCUCAGCCUGUCACCACUUUAGCAGGAGUUGAUGGAAAGGGAGGAGUGGAGUUACAGUGUGAGUCUGCAGGCUGGUAUCCAGAGCCUGAGGUGUUGUGGCUGGACGGUGAUGGAAACCUCCUCUCUGCUGGACCUACAGAGACAGUCAGAGGUCCUGAUGACCUCUAUACUGUCAGCAGCAGAGUGACUGUGGAGAAGAAACACAGCAACAAGUUCACCUGCAGAGUCCAGCAGAACAACAUCAACCAGAGCAGAGAGACACAGAUCCAUGUUCCAGAUGAUUUCUUUAUUUUCCAGUCCAGUAACACCUCCACCAUAGUUGGUUCGGCUGUUUGUUUGGUUGUUUCUAUCAUCCUGUUAAUUCUAGCAGUUGUUCUUUUUGUCCACACACGAAGACAAAACAGGACCAAAAGAAGAAAAGAUGUUCAGGUUAAAUCUGAAGAAGGUGUGGAGCUCAUGUCAGAUAACACAGUAUCAAUGAAGACUUUGGAAAAUAAAAAGCAACCAGAGAGCAAACGAAUGGAGAAAGAAUAUGAUGACAUCAUCAAACAGCUCCACCAGGAGAAAGAGGAAAGAAAGAAGGCUGAGAACAAAGUGACGAGCCUGAAGAAUGAGCUGGAAAAGUUAAAGGAGGAAGAAUUGAAUCAGAAGGAGCAGCAGAGGAGAAAGGAGGCUGAGAAUGCGAUACAGAGACUGAAAGAGAAGCUGGACAUGAAGAAAACUGAGGUUAAAAACAAACAAACUGAGCUGCAAAGUCUCCAGGAGGAGAAGAAGAAGAUUCAGGAUGAUCUGCAGAACCUAAAUAAAGACCUGGACACCAAGAUUACAGAGCUGAAGACAAUCAGAGAAGAGUUAGCAAAGUUUUUCCGGCUUUCUUUUUCGUCAGGAAAAUGGAAGAAGAAAGAAGAUGAGAAGAGAAUACAGACAGAAAUAGAAAACCUCAACAAACAGCUGAUGACCAAGAACAUGGAGUUCCAGAACAAAGAUAAGAAGAGUGAAGAAGAACGAGUUGAGCUGAAGGAGCUUCUGGAUGAUCAACAGAAGAUGGAGACUGAACUGCAGAUUGAGGAGCAAAAACUGAAAGAAUAUGAUGACAUCAUCAAACCCCUCCAACAGGAGACAGAGGAAAGGAAGAAGGCUGAGAACAAAGUGAAGAUGUUGAAGAAUGAUCUGAAAGAGUUAGAGAAGAAGCUCAAGGAAAAUGAGAAGAAGUGGAUGGAGACUGAGAGAGAGCUGGAGGGAAAAAGUUCAGAAACCAACAAUCAGCUCCAGCAGGAGAAAGAGGAAAAGAAGAAGGCUGAGAAUGAGGUGAAGACCCUGAAGAAUGAGCUGGAAGAGCUGAAGAGAAAUAAUUCAGAAACCGACAAUCAACUCCAGCAGGAGAAACAGAAAAAUGAGACUCUGAACAGUCGUCUGGAAGAGUUAGAGAAGCUCCAGGAUGAGAAGCAGAAGUGGAUGAAGACUGAGAGAGAGCUGAGGGGAAAUUAUUCAGAAACCUUCAAUCAACUCCAGCAGGAGAAACAGAAAAAUGAGACUCUGAACAGUCGUCUGGAAGAGCUCCAGAAUGAGAAGAAAAUGGCGACAGAGUCUGUGGGAGAGUUGAGUACAGAACUUGAAAACGAAAAUAAGGAGCUGGAGGAGAUCAGUCGAACAAACUCAGUCAGUGGGAGAUCAACAAUAUCACCCAUAACUGUAGAAGAGGUCCAUCAAAACGGCCUCUACAUCCGUCUCAAGAACAUUUCCUCUGAGGAGAUAAAUCUGGGAGACUGGAAGUUAAAACUACUGAAGAACAACAGAGAAACAGACGCAUACACAAUUAAGGAGUCAUUCAAACUUCAGGCUGGAGGAAUUCUCUGUAUCUCCUCCCAACGCUAUCCAAGCAAACCUCCUGGAGAUGUUAAACAGGUGUGGUUGGACAUGAUGAACUGGAGUCCUGCAGACAAACUGCAGAUCUACCUCAUCAGCAACAAUGGAGAGACCUUCAGACUGCUGUAAUUUAAAUACACAUGUGAAACAUCUUUUUUUUUUAAAAUUUCUGCAUUAUUCAAAGUAAGCCUUUGUUUUUUCUGAAUAUCAAAUUUAUAUGAUCUUUUUUAAAAUCAUUUUUUAGUUUUAUUUUUAACAACUUGUUUUCAAAUGUUCUCAUUAGUUCAUGUUCAGUUCUGUGGAAAACUCAUCAGGUUUGUUGUUUUAUCAAAGUUGUAAUGAGCAGAAGAUAGAACAAGAAAAGACCAGAAAUAUGUACAACAUUAAAACAAUCAGAACAAAAUGUUUUCUACAAGUUAAAGUCAGUUUUUAGUUUAACCUCCUUUUGCUGUUCUUCAAACUUCAUGUGUCGACUGUCUUCAGGUUUUCUUCAGUAAUCUUGUAUUUUAUUCAAUAAAUCUUCUUUCACUGAACAGAGUUCUUCUUUGGACUUUAAGUGUGUUUAAUUUGUUUCUCUGUCUGCUUGAUCUCAUAGUUUUUAUAAUAUUCAGGUCUGGACACAUUCAGGGUUUUAUCAGCUGUUUUUGUCUCCAAACAGGAUUUUGCUGCAAUAGUUGGAUCAGUUUCUAAUCAAGUUUCCAGUUCAGAAGGAACAGCAUCAUGAAAUGAAAUCUGUCUGAACUUUAUAGAAUUCAUGAUUCUAUCAGUUUGUAUAACAUCCUGACAACACUGACAGAAACACAACACAAACUGUAAAACGUAUGUUUUAUUGUAAAGCACAAUAGUCCCUAUGUACAGGAUUGCGUUUUUUAUGUCAUUUCCAGUAAUGUGCUGCAACCAAACCAUCACAGAGACAUUAAAAGAACAACCUGAUAUUAUAUCUAUAGAUGUCUUUAAAACAACAGAAUUAAAGGUUGAUUUACUGUAGAAGUUACA